UCCAGUUUUGCCAUAAGGGCCUACAAAACACUUUGGGCGCAGAGGAUUUUUCCGAAUCAUUUUGACUAUGUUGAUGUCAAAAUUGUUCAAAAUCUCUUUUAUACUCCCUACAGUUUCAUAUGUUGUUCAGAAUAAGUGGCUGGCAAUUUGGUUCAUUCUCUUUUAAAUAAUUUUUAUUUGACAAUGGAAGAACCCGACAUCGUACUCCAGAGAUUGCAAAAGAAAAAAUUUCCGAAAUUUUCCAUGUCAAGAAAGAAAUUGAAGCGUGCAUGUGCUAAAACAUGUGUGUCAGCAUUUCUCAACCCCGUUGGUAUUGUUGGAAAUAUUCUGGCAGGAUUUAUUGGCCUUUGCUUAGGGAUUAUAAUUGCCUUGUGGUUUUAUUACAUUAUUCUUUCUGACCUUGAAUUUUCUACGAGUACAAAUAUGAUCCUCAGCAUCACCUUCGGUGUGUUUUUGUCACUCGGAUGCGCCACAUCAUCACAGCUAAGGUGUAUAACACUUUUGACAUUUCCAUCGAUGUGUGGAAAAGGAGGAAGAGGGAUGCUGAGGGCGUUUCUUAUCGCCUACUUGCUGGCGGGUCCUUUGGCCAAUCUGAUGAGAAACGGAAAGGAAAUCAUCAGAUCCUUUGGUUGCACUUCUUCAAUGACAUAUAGAAUCAAUAAACUCAAGCAUGAUUUGAUCUAUACACCUUUCUACAAAACACUCAUGAACUUAAAAGGGGAUAUGAAUGAAGUUCAAGAUGCAAUGGUAUCGUUAAAUGCAGUUGUAGAACCUCUUACGCACGAAUUUCGAGAUGAAGACGAAAUUGGUAAUUUGAAAGAAGAUAAUGAUUAUAUGGAUGAUCUCCAGAAAAAUCAAAGAAGAUCGGUUAGCAUAGAUAACAAGUAUUCAUUAAGAAAAACCAGAAAAAAUGAAGAUGGAAUUGUAAGCCAUGAGAAAAUAGAAGAGGAAUAUUACAGAAAACUUGAAUACAGAUGUGAAAGCAUCUACACAGCGGCUGAAGCAAAUUGUAGAAAAAUAUUUGACACAUCUUAUGACAGAUGCCGGGAAGCUGUUUCAUCGGUUGCUUCCUGGGCGCUGUGCUGGCCGAUGAAACUCACCGUUGUUUGUAAUACGGCGGCAAUUGUAGGCGAUGAGAAGAAUUGCGAUCCUAAAUCGGAAAUAUCAUCAGGCUGGGGGUACGGUUAUGAAUACUUGAUAAAAGCCAAAAAAGAGAUGUUCAAAGAUUUUCAGCAUGCUGAAAUCACAUAUAAAAUUCGAAAGCCUAACAUCACAUUAGAUCUCAGAACAGCAGAUGACACAGCACAAGCAAUCAUGAAGGAAUUUGAGAGGAAAAAAGAUUUCAUCGAUUUGGUUUUGUUAUUCAUCAAACGACUAAUGGCACUUGCAUUUAUUAAAAUAAUACUCAGUGCUAACAGCUACCACACGAACUAUCUGACAGAUAUCAAGUUCUCAAAUUUUUAUAUAACAAAAUAUUUUAAGAAAAUCGACGCAAGGAGGCAUAAACAUGGCAAGCACACAUUACUACCAUUGAAGAAGAUAGAAAAAACAUUUUUCGUCGAUCCAGCGCAGUGUAAAUUAACCAGAAAAGAGCUAAAACAGACUAUGGGGAAUUGUAUAAAAAUAUUUAUUGAGAUGCUAACAGCAACGACAAUCAUACUCAUUGACCAGUUGUUUUAUGAGACGCUCGAUUUAGUCAGGCGACACUCAAAGAUGGAAUAUUAUCAAUCAGGAAUUCAUGAUAUGAUUGUUAAUGUAAAAGGAACCGGGAUGGUGGCAUCAAUGAUUAGAUCUGUAGUAGAAGAUUUUAAUUUUAAAAGAAAGCUAAAUGAAACAUUAUCUAACGCUGAAUGUCUCCCCGUGCCGUCAUCGCUUAAGACGAGUCAUCUUAAGAGGAUUUACAUCAUGUAUUGUAUCCUUUUUGCCAUGGUCAUAUUUCAAGGUUAUGCCGAAAGGCUAAUGAGAUUCUUCUGUGCAUCUUUCUACCCGAAACAUGAGAAACGGAGGGUUUUAUUUUUAUAUAAUGAUACACUUAAGAGAAGGAUAUCCUAUUUUAAAUACAAGCUGGCCAGAGUGAAAAGGAAAGUCCAAGAAAAUAAACUUUCACAAGAUGGCAAUAUAGUGUUGAAGUUAAGACUCAAGUAUCCAGGACUCCUUGGUUGGCUUAUAUAUUUUGACAUAGCAAAAAGAAAAUGCCUGAUCUGUGGUGAUCUUGAAUCAAGACGACAAAUUAUAAAUGAUCGGGAGUUGCAUAAGUGUCCGGUCUGUUCAUAUAUAUUCUGCCUUGAGUGCUGGAAUGACGCCGACGAAACGUGCAUAGUCUGCCAUCCGAAGUCAGCGUCCGAUGAUGAAAGUAUUGAUGAUGGAAAAGAAGACGAUGAAAUCGCUUAUUGAUAAAACAAAUAAAUCAAAACUUUUG